UCUUAUUCUUCAUCAUUCAUCACCUCUUCACAGCUUAAAGAGAUAGGAAUUUUUCACAGGCUACGGUGAUCGUAGACGAAAGGAAGCUAGCAUUCGACCGUAGAUAUCUUCAAAACAGUUUGUGUCUCGAAAUGACAAUCCAGAGAUGUCCCCCCUGACCCGGGACUGCCGACCUACACAGGAAGAGGAGUCAGUAUUCCCAGAUUGUCUCCUUCAUUCGGGCUUGUACUUGGGAGCUUAAAUUAGUACCAUAUUUACAUGGCUCCUGAAAUAUGGAAAUUGCAAAUACUCUGCCAAGGCUCAUUUAUUGUUUAGCUAAUAAAACCCCAAAUUCAGUUUUACCAGUGAGUCAUCUCUUUGUCCCUAUCUAUUUGAACAGUUCCACUGAGGUAUAGUUGACAAGAGUAGUACAUGUUAGACGAGUGUAAUUUGCUAAAUUCUGAUGUGUGAACACUUGUGAAUCCAUUGCCAUAAUCAAGAAACUUGUCUCACUCCAGAAAUGCCCUUGUGCCCCUGUGGAAUUUUAUACUCAAGUGUUAUACAGUGUUUUCGCUUUCUGACCUGGCCUCUUUCACACCUGGUGUAUAGACAAUCUGUUCCUUUACUUUGCAUUGCAAUAUUCCAUCACACAGUUGUACUAGAGUUUGUCACUGUUCUAACAAUGAGUUCCUGAUUUUCACAUUUUAAAACAAGGACUUGAAAAACUAUACACACAGGCUGAGGUAGAAAGAAUCCCGAAGUUUAAGGCCAGCCUGUGCUAUAUAGUUAGUUCAAGACUAUCCUGAGCUACAUAGCAAAAGGAGAGAAAGAAAGAAGAGAUGGCUAUACAUUAUUAGACCCUUAAAAGCCUUGGCUCCUCCCAUGGGGACAGUUAAGCAAGUGAUCUGGGCAGGGGCAGUGCAGCCCCAAUGUGGCUGGAAUAGGGGCUGGGUAUGGGUGGGGAAAACUUAGCUACCUGAGCACUUGUCUGCCUCAUUACCUACUAGAGAUAGAUGUUCUUAGUAUGUUCACUUUUUAAAACGCUAGCAACUGGGGAGAUGGCUUACUGUACAAGAAUGCCUACUGUACACGCAUUAGAACCUGAGUUCAAACCCCCAACACCCAUGUAAAGAGCCUAUAGCAGGCAUGGCCUGUACAUGCCUAUAUCCUAGGCCUUUGGACUUGAGACAGCAGGACCACUGGGGCUUGAUGGCUGCCAGCUUAACUACAGGUUCAGUGAGAGACCCUACCUCCAAAGAACGAAUAGAGAACACAGACCUGGUAUCCUCCUCUGGCCUACACCACACACACACACACACACACACACACACACACACACGAAAUUUAGGCACAGUUGGAUCAGAGUCAACCAAGUGGCAUAUUUAGUAACAUUUUCCUUUUUCUUCUGCCAUAAAGAAUGAAAUUCUGUCAUUUGCAGGGAAAUGGUGAACCUAGAGAUCAUGUUAAGGGAAUUCAGUAAGAGUUGGAAAGAUGAAUCGCAAAUAUUACAUGUUUUUCCCCACAUGCAGAACCUAGAUUUAAUGGUGUGUGUGCGUGUGCGUGUGUGAUGAAAGAACUGUAAGAAGCAAGUUAGAGGUCCAAAGGGAGAGAAGAGGGAGCGAAGGUGAUGGGGAUGAUAAAAUAUCACUUUCUCAUGAGCAGAAUCUGCCCUUAAAUAUACGAACAAAGCAGAUACACAUACACAUAUACAAUAUAUUUGAUCUCAUAAUGAAGCUCAUUGUACUGUACACUAAAGAACUAACUUUAAAAGGCUAGAAAAGAAAGCCAGUAUCUGUAGUAAUAGUUUCCAGUGUUCGUGGAUGACUCUCAUUUUUUAUAAUUUCCUGGUAUAUCACCUAUAAAUCCUUCUUUUGUGUUGAUGAUAUUACAAAGAAAGCGAAACUCCCGCCCUAACAGCAGCGCUCCACUAGACCAGGUUCGCAAAUUCCGAAAGCAUCUACGCUAUGCCGCACUGGUGCCUACGCAACCGGAAGAAGGGCAUUGGAGUCGGAAGUUGCGGUCCGCAGCCGGAAGUCGGGCUCCGCAGCUGGCGGUUUGAGUUCCGCGGCGGUUGAGGCGGUUGCUGCGGCUCUGUACCCAGGAUCUGGAUGGAGGCGGCACGGGAUCCAGGCCCGGGGCUAUGCUGCAAGCCCGGCGGGCGUCUGGACAUGAGCCACGGCUUCGUACAUCACAUCCGCCGGAACCAGAUCGCUCGGUACCGCCCCGCCCCAGGCCCGGCCCGGCCCGGUUCGCCCGGGUGACAGCACCUGACCCCCGCUCGGCUCCCCGCAGGGACGACUACGACAAGAAGGUGAAGCAGGCGGCCAAGGAGAAGGCGAGGAGGCGCCACACACCCGCGCCCACUCGGCCCCGCAAGCCGGACCUACAGGUGUACCAGCCGCGCCACCGAGAUGCCUCUGCCCACCUAGUCAACCCAGACUGUGAGGAGUCCGGUGAAAGCAGCAGUAGUGGAAGCUCUGAGCUGGAGCCUCCUGGCCGCCAGCUCUUCUGUUUAGAAUAUGAGGCGGACAGUGGAGAGGUCACAUCAGUUAUUGUAUAUCAGGAUGAUGAUCCCAGAAGGGUGAGUGAGGAAGUAUCAGCACACACACCUCUGGAUCCAGCCAUGCAAGAGGCCCUCAGAUUGCGCAUCCAGGAAGAGCUUGCAAAGCGCCAGAGGCAACACUGACCGGGCUGAAGGCAUUCAGGCAGGCUUCACUGCACUUGGCAGAAUUUCACCCAGGGAGCUCACCUCUAGUUUGGGGGUACCAGGACCAGUCUAUAUGAUCUUCAGGGAUCCUUGUCCUCCCUUUCCAAGCUGCUGUAUCCACAAGGGUGUUGCAGGACCACAUCUGGCCUACCUCCAGUAGCCAUUCCUUCUUGUAUAUUGGCCCAUUUGUCUGAGCUAACAUUCUGGAAUUUUAUGACAGUUUUGGCUAAUUUGGUGUCUUGGGAGCAGAGACUUCAGGGAGAACCAGGGCUUAUGAAGCCUUUACCCAUAUGCUGCUGUCUUGAUGAGAUCAUUUGCCAGGCCCUUUCAUGAGCCAUACUUGUUAUUCUGUGGUUCUUUGAUGUUUGUGCUUUCUUCCACACAUCGUCCCUGGACUGGUUGUCACUUGUCCUUUCUCCUACCUUCUUGCCAUGGGUAAACUCAUUCCCCCCACCUUCCCAACGUGACUGUUUCUCUACCACUCAGGAAUUUGGAAGUGGGGGUUCUGGGAGCCUGCCUUCCUCACAAGUUCUCCAAGUAAUUCUGAUGCCAAUAAAACAGGAGAACUUUGUUUUUGAGGCCUAUUUGGAAACAUAUCUCCUUCCCCUCCCAUGGCUUUCCCAAGCCGCUCACAUGCCCCCCUGCUUUACACUAUGUAGAAGAGGUAGAGGAGCCCUAGGAAGACAAUGAUGGGCUAAGCUUCGAUCAUCUGUUGAGAAACCUGCCUGCUGGGAAUGGUGGGGCACACCUUUAAUCCCAGCACUCAGGAAGUAGAAGCAGGCAGUUCUCUGUGAGUUUAAGGCCAUCCUGGAACAGAGGGAGUUCCAGGACAGACAGUCAGGGCUUGUAGAGAGACCCUGUCUCCAAAAAAAGAAAGAAAGUUAAAAAAGAAAAGAAAAACCUGCCUUGCCUAGGCCUACCAAAUUGACCCCCAACUGUAAAAGACUACCUUCUACUCAGACUAGAGGGGAGUUAUCAAAACAAACUUGAGACUAACUCUCCAAUUAUGGUUUAACAGUCUUGAAUUAUUGAAGAUGGGAAAAGUUGACAAUAGCUAUGAUUGCCUUGAAGGGGGGGCGGGGCUCUAGUUGCAAAAAAAAAAAAAGAGUCCUGGAGAACACCAUAGAGGAAAUGAACGCUUCUCCACCCCAUGCUUUCUUCUUUCCCACCUCUCAAGAAUAUGUCUGAGCAUGGUUAUGCACACUGUGACUGCUGUGUGCAGGAGGCCAAAGUAGGAGGAUUGCUGCAAGUUAAAGGCCAACCUAAGUGGUUCCAAGAAAAAACUAAAUAAAUGUAACUUAGGUCCUUUGGGUAAAGAUCCCCAGACAUAGCAUUUUUCCAUCAGGGGAUAUGUUUUCCAACACAAGAUUAGGCUAAGGUCUGAAGUCCACAAUACAUCCUGUGCACGGGAAUUCAGAGGCACCUAAGAUUUCCAGGAAUGAACCUGACUUCAGCAACUUGAAAUGUGAGUUGUAAAAGAGCCUACGAGCACUGAGACUGCCUGCAGCCAAACAGCCUGCCCAGGGGUUUGUCUUCCAUGUGAGGGUCUCAAGAUCGUUCUGACCAUAGCAGCUCAGUGGUUUUUCUCUUCCAGGACACUUGGGGGCUCUGCUGGGUUUCAUCCCACGCUGCUGAAAACAGGUGUAAUGGGGUUUGAGCACCUACUUUAUGCCAUUAAAACAGUGAGUCACAACUUGCCAUGCCAGAGGAAUUCUGGGACAGUGAGUUAGGUAGUAAGUUAGAAGGUCCUGGUUGUGGAGGUGGCUGGGGACCUAAAUGCUCUAGACCCAGAGAGCUGGUCCCAGGGUUAAGUGCCUUAAGCUUGUCAGUCCUAAGCCCAGUUCUGCUGUCACAGGAAAAAGCCUUUACCCUGUGCUCGUGAACAUGUGCUAUAAGUGCCUUUGGACUUACAUGGUUAGAUACCAUCCAGAGCCUCUGGGGAAGGAGGUUCUGCCAAACUCCAUGCUCAUCAUCCAGCAAGCCAUUUUAGUCUCCAGUUAAUCAGUCCAUUUUCUGACUUGAAACACAGGAUUCACUGGAACUCUGGCUGCUUUAGGAAUGUGUUCUUAGCGCUUCAUUUCCUAUUUCCUGGUACAGUUUCUAAACCUAGAAAAAAAGACCUGAAGAGGAAUCUGAGGACUCAGCACCUAAAAAUUUGCCUCUAUUCCCACUUCUUGAGAAAGAAAGAAAUGGAAGAAUACAGCAUUCAGUAUAGGCCUUUUUUGUGUUUGUGAUCCUCACAAAGACCUUAGAUAGGAGACUGAUGGAAACUCCUCUAAGCCUUUUGUCCAGAAGCACUUUGCUUAUCAGGUGUGUAUGAAAGAUUUUCUAGCCAAGAAAGCACUCUUCAUUUUUAGCUAAUUUCUCCUAAAGCUCCAAACCUGUGCUUGAAUGAAGAGCGAUCAUUCUGAGCCAACCUGUUGGAGCUGAUGCUGAUGUCUCUUCAGGCAUCCCUGAAAUGCCUCUCAGGGGGCUGUGCCCUCAGCCUUAUGGCUUAGCUGCAUUGCUCUGCUGUUCUCUUCUGGGGUCCAUCAUAGUACUGUUCAGUUUAUUUGGCAGAUCUGCUUCUAGAUGUCUCUUACCUGUUUCAAAACUCACAGGCCAUAGUAAGCUCUCAGAACUGCCCUGUUUUGUGGCACAGAAGAAGCAGUAUGCCAUAGACAGGACUUACAGCAAGCUGCUUCAGAAUCAACACUCAUUUGAGUAGAUACGUUCUUGGCUGUCUUUUUUUUUGGGGGGGGGGGUGGAUAUGGGAGUCAGGUAGGAUGGCAUAUGCCUGUAAUUCCAGCCUUUGAGGCUGAGGCGAAAUGAUUGCCAUAUAUAUAUAGCCAGGCAUGGUGGCACAUACCAUUGAUUCCAGCACUUGGGAGGCAGAGGCAGGAAGGUCUCUGAGUUUGAGUCUAGCUUUGUCUACAUAGCAAUUUCCAGGACAGGCAGGACUACAUAGAAAGACCCUGUCUCAACCCCCACCCCACCCCCAAAAAAAAAGAUUGCCGUGAGUUUGAGGCUGUCUUGAGCUACAUAGACCUUGUAUCAAACAGUCUCAUUCCUACUCUCUAUGGAAUGUUUUUUCCCUCAGUUCUUAACUGGAAUUAAGCCUGUAUUUCACAGUUUUGUAAUUCCUGAGCCAGAGUUUAUGUCAUUCUUGAGAGAACUGGUUUUGCAAGGGGGCUUGGGCUGUGCAAGUGUAAAUGAUAAAGCUGGAGUGGUGGCCCACUGCAAGCAUGAAAGUCUUUGAAGAGUGCAGUACAAGAAGGAAAAGGAUAUAAAAGUGUAUGUAUAUGAAGGGAGUGGUGUAUGCACUGGCUGCAGUAGCCAGCCAGUGGUGGGUCUAGUGUGAAUGAAAGAACAUUCCAUCUCUGGUCAUCUGGGGUGCAUUGCCAACUAGAGACCACCCCAGAUAGAUCGAACCCCUUUGGGGUGGUAAGUAUUCCAACUUGCUGUGUGUGUUGACAAGAUCUGCGAAUGGCGGGGUGGUGCUUCCCAGAUAACUCAAAUGUAAGUGAGACCUUUGUAUGAAAGACAGAUGACUCUCCUACCUCUGAGCCUUUUGGGAAAAUCUCAUGGAAUGUUGACAGUUGUUUAAAAUCUUAACUCCUUUGGAUUCCCAUCGCAUCGUUGGGAGCCCUAGGCAUCCAGCCCAAAUUUCUGGAGGAUUGGAGUGAUACUAGAAGUGAAGACCUUCCUAGUAAAGGGCUCCUCUCUUCCCAGAGCCAACAGAACAAGGGGCUGGGAAUGGAACAGUUCAAAAGACAGGAGGAGCACUGUACAUUCGAGGGCAGCCUAAGCUAUAUAGCAACACCUUAUCUCAAAAAAAAAAAAAAAAAAAAAGCAUCAGAGUGUACUGGCUAUGUCAUGGUGCUAAAUGUAGAAAAAGCCAUACAGUCUCAUUUCCGGUGUUUCUGUAUAGAUAAAAUGGAAUUAUGCAAAUUGAAAAUCAUGGAAGGUACUUUUUAACCAAUAAACUAUUUUUACAGCAC